AUGAUGAAAUUUAAGAGAUUUGACGAAGAAGAUAAUGUUGACGAUGAUGGAUCAAGCACUUAAGACUCUUAAAAUGAUUAAGAAAUUAAACCAAAAUAAAAAAUUAUUGACGUAGAUAAUGAUUUUUACCCCUUUUGCAUUGUAUGGUCAGCAAUUCCAUUUAUAUCUUUUUUGAUACCAUGGAUAGGUCACGCUGCUAUUUGUUGCUCUAAAGGAGUAAUUCAUGAUUUCAACAAGGACUUCCGAGUUUAUAUUGAUGUUGUGCCUUAUGGUUCACCAUUAAAAUAUUAUAAAUUGGAUACAACAAAUAUUUAGCAAGAAAGCUAUGAUGCUAUGAUUAAACAGUUGGAUCAGUUAUUUUAAAAGAAAAGAUUUGGUUUCUUUGGCAACAAUUCGCACAAGUAUGUGGCCGAUGCUCUGAACAUUUUACAGUAUAAAGGUAAAAUCAACUGGAAUAAAUUUGAUGUUUUUGUUUUAGGAAUCACUAAGGCAAAAUAUACAAGUUUCCUGACUUUAAUUAGAGCAUAUUAAGGUUUGAUCUUUACAAUCGUUUGUGCCUUAUUCCUAAAUGUUACUGUAUUUAGGACUAUUUGA